GGGGCGCUGAGCUUGGUGUUGGGCGCGCUGCUGGGCAAAGUGAUAGAGGGCCGUGGUGUCACAGACAACAUGCAGAGAUUUUCCUCGCUGCCCCCUUACCUGCCCGUGAGCUACCACGUCCUCAGAGCAGAGACCUCCUUCUUCCUAAGGGAGUCCAACCAGGACGUGACGCGCAACUCCAGCCUGCAGACCAGAGUGGAGUCCUUCUUCACCUACAAAGCCAAGCGGCCUCCCAUAUUAAAUGCCAGCUAUGGGCCUUUUUCUGUGGAGAAGGUGGUGCCUCUGGACUUGAUGUUGACUUCCAACCUUUUAGGCCCAACCAAGAAGUUUAGUUUCAACUGGAAACUGAAGGCCUCCGUCCUGCAGGACGAGAUCUACCUGAGCUGGCCCAGGGUGCAGGUCCUGUUCCACGUCGUGGGCAGAGACUGGGAUGAGCACAGCCCCGCCGAGAAGCUGCCCUGCCUGCGAGUCUUCGCUUUCCGGGAGACCCGCGAGGUGAGGGGCGGCUGCCGGCUGCAGGGGGACCUGGGGCUGUGCGUGGCCGAGCUGGAGCUGCUGGCUAGCUGGUUCAGCCCCCCCACGGUGGUGGCUGGGAGGAAGAAGUUGGGGGACCUGGCCGAGGGGAGCCUGGUGGAGCUCUACUACACCGUGCAGCCCGGGGACGAGCGAGGAGACUGUGCUGGUGGGGACAUCAGGAAGGGCAAUGCCAUCCGUCCAGGGAAGGACGGACUGGAGGAGACCAUGUCCCACCUGCAGAGGAUUGGUGCCGUCAGCCUCUAUCGGGCCCAGGACAGUGCUCAGCUCAGCGAAUUGCGUUUGGAUGGCAACGUGGUCAUCUGGCUGCCUUCCAGGCCAGUCAAACAAGGAGACGUGGUCACUGCCUAUGUCACUGUCGCCAGCAAUUCCACCGUGGACCUCUUCAUCUUGAGGGCCAAGGUGAAGAAGGGCGUGAACAUCCUGGGCACUCAGACCAGCGAGCCUCGGCAGUGGGACGUCAAGCAGGAGAUGGGGGACGGCGGGAAGCACACCACCACCACGGUGGUGUGCCAGCGCCUGGGACCCAGCGCGCGCAACAGAAGCAGCGGUUUAUUCAACGAGGUUGUGCAGAUGAACUUUGAAAUAGCCAGCUUCAGCAGCCUCUCGGGGACCCAGCCCAUCACCUGGCAGGUUGAAUACCCACGGAAGGGAACCACAGACAUCGCCGUGUCUGAGAUCUUCAUCAGCCAGAAGGACCUGGUUGGCAUCGUUCCCUUAGCCAUGGACACUGAGCUUCUGAACACCGCCAUCCUCACCGGAAAGACAGUAGCCGUGCCCAUCAGGGUUGUCUCUGUGGAGGAGAACAGUGCCGUGACGGAUAUCUCGGAGUCGGUGGAAUGCAAGUCCACAGACGAAGACGUCAUCAAAGUGUCUGACCACUGUGACUACGUCUUCGUCAACGGCAAAGAGAUGAAGGGCAAGGUGGACGCAGUGGUGAACUUCACGUACCAGCACCUGAGUGCCCCCCUGCACGUCACUGUGUGGGUGCCCCGGCUGCCCCUGCAGAUCGAGGUUUCUGACACAGAGCUGAGCCAGAUCAGAGGCUGGAGGGUCCCCAUCGCGGCCAGCAAGAGGCCCACGCGAGAUAGCGAGGAUGAAGACGAGGAAGAGCGGCGGGGCCGGGGCUGCGCCCUCCAGUACCAGCAUGCCACCGUGCGUGUCCUCACCCAGUUUGUGUCCGAGGGCGCCGGCCCGUGGGGCCAGCCGAGCCACCUGCUCAGUCCCGACUGGCAGGUGGACAUCACCCACCUGGUGGCAGACUUCAUGAAGCUGGAGGAGCCUCACGUGGCCACACUCCAGGACAGCAGGGUCCUGGUCGGGCGGGAGGUCGGGAUGACCACGAUCCAGGUGUUGUCCCCACUGUCGGACUCCAUCCUGGCAGAGAAGACCGUCACUGUCUUAGAUGACAAAGUCUCGGUGACAGACUUGGCCAUCCAGCUAGUGGCUGGGCUAUCUGUCACCCUCCACCCCAGCACGGAGAACAGCAAGGCCAUCACAGCUGUGGCCACAGCUGAGGAGCUGCUGCGGACCCCCAAGCAGGAAGCCGUGGUCAGCACUUGGCUCCAGUUCAGCGACGGCUCGGUGACGCCCCUGGACAUCUAUGACCCCAAGGACUUCACCCUGACUGCCACCUCCCUGGAUGAGGCCGUCGUGUCCAUUCCCCAGGCCCGCUCUCCCAGGUGGCCCAUUGUGGUGGCCGAAGGGGAAGGCCAGGGGCCGCUGGUCCGAGUGGACUUGACCAUUGCGGAAGCCUGCCAAAAAUCCAAACGCAAGAGCAUCCUGGCCGUGGGCAUCGGCAACGUCAGGGUCAAGUUUGGCCAGAACGACGCUGACUCCAGCCCCGGCAGGGACUACGAUGAGGGUGAGAUCAGGAACCAUGCCAGUGACCGGCGGCAGAAGGGCCAGGAUGCACACUUCCACGGCAGCUCCCCCGUGGGGCGCGAGGAAGGUGCCCUCCGGAGGGGCAGCACCACGGCCAAGUCGCUGCUGGACAACAAGGUGGCGAAGGACAGCCGUCCGGACGGGGGCAGGCUGUCCGGAGAGGGCCAGCUGCAGAACAUCCCCAUCGACUUCACCAACUUCCCGGCCCGGGUGGACCUCCCCGAGGCGGGGGGCGGGCUGGGGGACGGUGACCUGGUGCAGACGCCGCGCGGCCUGAGCGACCUGGAGAUCGGCAUGUACGCCCUCCUGGGGGUGUUCUGCCUGGCCAUCCUGGUCUUCCUGAUCAACUGCGUCACCUUCGCCCUCAAGUACAGGCACAAGCAGCUGCCCCUGGAGGGCCAGGCCUCCGUGACCCACUCGCACGACUGGGUGUGGCUGGGCACCGAGGCGGAGCUCCUGGAGAACGUGGCCGAGGGCUCGGCCCCGCAGGACGAGCACACGACCGUCAUCGACCGCGGGCCGGGGGGCUGUGAGGAGAACAACCGGCUCCUCCUCAACGGCGGCUCCCAAAAGCACAUUCAGGGCCACCUCCAGAGGCCGGCCGACGCGGGGGGAAAGCAGGGCGGGGACCAGAAGCACGAGUCCCUGCACUCGCCCACCUCGAAAAGGAAGAAGGUGAAGUUCACCACCUUCACCACCAUCCCCCCAGACGACGGCUGCCCCACCGUGAACUCCAUCCUCGGCGGCCACGAGGAGGACAUCAAAUGCGGGUGCGAGGACGUGGACGUGGGCGCCCCCCAAGAACUCAGAAACUAUCUGGAGAAACUCAAGGGCAAAGUGUAGGCCCCUCUGGCCAAGGGGCCGGGUGCCCGGGCCCCUCCUUCAGUUCCCGAGUAGA